GAAAGCUUCCUGCCUUUGCGACGAAUCCCGGGCUGCCUUGGGGUAGAUCUGUAUCUGCGUGGUUAGAGUUGUACGGUUGAUCAGUGUCCGCUACCUCGGAUGGCGAGGGAUCUGAUCGGGCCGGCGCUGCCGCCCGGCUUCAAGGCCCGCGGGACAGCGGAAGACGAGGAGCGAGACCCCAGCCCUGUUGCAGGACCAGCUCUGCCUCCUAAUUAUAAAAGCAGUAGCUCAGAGUCCUCAGACAGCGAUGAGGACAGCAGUUCAUUGUAUGAAGAAGAAAAUCAAGAAUCUGAAGAAGAUGACACCGGUCCAGCAGCAAGAAAACAGAGGAGAGAUCAAGAUGACGAUGAUGAUGAUGAAGGGUUUUUUGGACCAGCUCUUCCUCCUGGAUUUAAAAAGCAGGAUGAUUCUCCUCCAAGGCCUAUAAUAGGUCCUGCACUACCUCCUGGGUUUAUUAAAUCUACCCAAAAAAGUGACAAAGGCAGAGAUGAUCCAGGACAACAAGUAUCAUCAUAUUUCAACUCUGAGGAAACAGAUAGCAGCGAAGAUGAGGACAUUGUUGGACCAAUGCCUGCAAAAGGACCAGUUAACUAUAGCGUCACAACCGAGUUUGAGAAAAGGGCCCAGCGAAUGAAAGAAAAACUGACCAAAGGAGACAAUGAUUCAUCUAAACCAAUGACAAGAGAAUCAUGGAUGACUGAGCUGCCUCCAGAAAUGAAAGACUUUGGUCUUGGGCCCAGAACUUUUAAGAGAAGAGCCGAUGACAAAUCUGGAGAUCGAUCAGUCUGGACAGACACCCCAGCGGACAGGGAGAAGAAAGCCAAGGAAACACAAGAAGCAAGAAAGUCGUUCAAUAAGAAGGAGGAAGAACAUGUAUUGUCAGGAAGGGAAAAGAGAUUGGCUGAGCAGGUAUCCUCAUACAAUGAAUCAAAAAGAUCGGAAUCUCUUAUGGACAUUCAUCAUAAAAAAUUAAAGAAUAAGGCUGCUGAGGAGAAAAAUAAGCCCCAAGAAAGAAUACCAUUUGACCGUGAUAAAGAUCUCAAGGUUAAUCGGUUUGACGAAGCUCAGAAAAAAGCUCUGAUAAAGAAGUCUAGAGAACUAAACACCAGAUUUUCCCAUGGCAAAGGCAGUAUGUUUUUAUAAGGGGAUUUCCCUGUGCAAUGAAGAAAAGUUGAAGAAUACUCUUUUAUCUGUCUGUCCACCUUUAUCCCUUUGUUUUGAGUUUCUUAAGAUUAGAGAUGACUUGAGUGUUAAAAACCAUACAAACUUACCUUGUGCUGUAUGUCCUGUAAGCCCUGUGGAAACCUAAAGUCAGUAUUUCUUAUGUGGAAUAGAAUUUUAUGUGUCUUUGGCUUCUGAGGAAGUGUGGGCUUUUCUUCAGAUAAUUAUUUUGAGGAUCUCCUAUCUAUUCCCUAAUUUUUGUGGUGUCUCACAAGUAUCCUGUAAGAUCUGGUCAGGACUAGCCACCGAGUCUCCACCAGAGCUUAGAUCUCUCAUCAAAUAUGACUCACCUGCCCUGGAGUAAGCGAGUCGGGUCCUUGCAGUAAAUCCACGAAUUUGAAAUUGUUUGGGUUUUCCCUCCAAACUGCAGCCCGUGAAUACACAUUAACAAAUAGAGGGCUCCAAGGGUUUCAUCUGUUUUGUUCACAUUUUGCUUGUUUGGGCAAUCGGGGCUUUUUAUUUGUUGUUUGGGCUUUUGUUUUUGUUUUUUAAGGGUUGGUGGUUGGUUUUUAAAUCAGAAAGAAGGGCCUUUGCAUUAUCUCAUGUGCUAAGGAAAAACUAUUUUGAUUUUUCCAACUUUCAUAAGGAUUUCUAAGGGAGGCAGUCUGAGGGACAAAAUCUGCCAUUAAGCAUUGGCAGUGUGAAGUCUAAGACUUGGUCUCCAUGGUCCCAGCCUAAGCUUUCUAAGUCUUUAAACUUUGCUUUGCAAUGAUCUUAUCUUACCCAUUUAUAUUUAACAGAUUUUAGCUGAUUUAUUGGGGACUGAUCCUUUAUAUCAAUCAUGAAAUGCCUUUUUAAAAAAUCAAGUUCAUAAUCGCUGAGUACAAAAAUGUAAAUGGAAACUCUAAUCAUAACCACCCUAAUGAGAGUAUGUAAGUUUGUAACUCUUGAGGUACCAUCUGUUAAGAUGUUAAAUAGAAUAUUCUAAAUAGUUAAAGCCUAAAUUCAAAUUCUCUAAGUUAUGUUUUCUUACGGAGCCAUCCUAAUUGUUCACUACUUCUGUGUUCUAGUUUUGACAAAGCAUGAGAGGUUUUGUUUUUUGUUUUCUGUGGGAAAAAAAGAACACAAAAUGAGAGACUAGGUGGGAAGUGUGAGCUUUUAAUGGAAAAACAUUCUGAUUCCUACUUCAUUUAGGCUUUAUGACAAUUGAGUGAACUGUUCAGAUUAUGGCACAAAUUAUUCUUUGCUUUUAUGAGAUCAGCAUAAACAGUAGCCUACUCAAGGAGCGUAGCUCUUAAAAAGAUGAAUUCUUCUCCUAAGCAAACUGAAAAAGCUUGUCUAAGCAAAAUUGAACAGAGCUGCCAUUUGCCUAAGAUGUCAUUUUUAGUGAGUAAUAUUUUCUGAACACAAAACUUUGUGCAAAAGCAUCCAUUGCUCUUAUUUAAUUUUGUUGUAAUUUUUCCCCAGUGAAAAAUCAUCCUUGCAUAAAUUCCUAACAUAUAUUUUUGAGAAACUUGAUUUUUUUUGAAGUAAAAAUGUCACCUUUGGUUACUUAUUUUUCUUUGUUUUCUUCAUCUUAAUAAGGGGAUAGGAUAUUUCCGUAUCACGUAUUCACUGUGUUUUCCCUCGCCUUGAAACGUCUUUGUCCCAGCAAAAGGGAGAAAAACCUCUUCUCUCUGCUUUCCAUGAGUUACCACCUUACCGCUUCAUGUCAUCCCAGGCCAGUGUUAAUCAAAUGUCAGGCCAGACCAGAGGUUUUUAUUCUCCCCGGAGA